AUGAUGUGCAUUACAGAUCGUACUACGACAAGCCAUAAGAAGAAAUAUAGUCAAUGCUAUGACAAUACGAGGCAAUGUGCACCUAUAUUAGAUAUCGGACGUGUCGUGGUCAACCUUUCUAGACAUCAACUAACACAGGAGGAAACGACGGUUUUAGCUAAAGGAGGAAACGUCGCCAUUAUCCCAACUAAUUUACCCGUGGAAGAUAUCAUUGCCAGUAUCGAACCAGUGAUUCGCAAAUUGCAACCGGACGUAGCGGAAGAAAUUCGACGUGACUCUGCGAGAAUUCUUCAACACUCUAAACCACCUGUUUGCAAUAUUGCCAAAAACGAGAAAUCUGCCCUAAACAAAUUAAACGGGAAUAAGGAUAUCAUUAUUUCUGCAGACAAAGGUAAUGCGACUGUCAUUACGGACACUGAAGAUUACCAACAGAAAAUCAGGGACAUUUUGAAUACCGAUAACUACAGGCCUCUUCCCAAAGAUCCUACGGCUUCUAUUUUACGCAAGUCCAAUGAUCUAAUCAAGAAAUCUAUACCACAGGAACAGAAGUUUCUAAAGAUUUCUGAAGCGCUACCUCCUAGACUAUAUAGCUUACCAAAGAUCCACAAACCGGACACGCCACUACGGCCUAUUGUGAGUGCUAUUAAUUAG